AUGGGGUACUUUAAGAGAGAGCCAAAGAGUUGGCUCUCUCUCUCUCUCUUCCUCUUCCUUCCUCCUUCCCGACGGAAAGGAAGAGAGUGCUUGGUAGCCGGCGGCCCAUGGCCGGCGACGCCCCAUGGUGGUGGCACACCCGGCGACGGCCGGCCGGAACGGAAGGGGAGAAGGCCGAACAGAGGCUCGGCUUCCCCAUCAGCCCGGCGGCUUCCCGGCCACAUCCCCAAGGAAAUAAUAGCCAAAGACGAAGGAGAAGAAGGAGAAGGUGCUCACCUUGCCUCCGGCGAGCUCCUCCCGGCCGGAUCGACGGCGACCGCUCCGGUUCCUCCCGCGGCAAGCGUCAUGUCACUUGAGCUGAACUCAAGAAGCUCAACUACUCAUGCCGCAGUUGCUGUAUGCGUGCUGCGUAACGCAAGAGAAGUGGUCUCAACAUCUUGGGUCAUGACUGAGUGCAUCCUUAAUUUCAACAGGAGCAAUAACAAGAUCCUGAGAACUAAGAUGGAAUGAGGAUACGCUUCGGAAUAGUGACUCGAAGCAGAGUUUUAGUCUCUUUAUUUUAGAUUAGAAUUUUUUGAAGUUUGAUGUAAGAUUGUUGGUUAUUAUUGAAAUUUUAUGAUACAUUAAGUUUGGAUUUUGGUUAUUUAAAUAUUAGACUGAUUUAAUUGAUUAUUUA